AUGCUUGCAGUCAAGAGAAGUCUCUUAGGCCCCGAUCUGCCAUCUGCUCAGGAGAGCCUGCGCAAGAAGCUUGAACACCGUGCUUCUAUCUGGAGAUCGAGAGAACACACCAACGGUGUCAAUGGUGUCAACGGAGAGCACCGCCGGCUUCUUGACCUAGAGGAUCAGAACUACCACACAAUUAACAAUUCGCGAGAUGACUCUCCCAACGGGUCGUCGCGUACUCGAAUCAACCCCAAAAUUAUCUCGGAUGCCAUCUUAGGUCUUUCUGAUGGGCUAACCGUUCCAUUUGCGCUCAGCGCCGGUCUAUCUGCCCUUGGAAAUACUAGGGUUGUUGUUCUCGGAGGCCUCGCUGAACUGGCUGCUGGUGCCAUAUCCAUGGGUCUUGGGGGCUACGUUGGCGGUAGAAGCGAAAUUGAAUCGUAUCAAGCGACAAAACGCGAAACAGAAGCAUUGAUCCACGCUUCGCCCGAAGAAACCACCGUCCUUGUACGACAAGUCUUUGCUCGCUUUGGAGUUCCAGAAAGAACAGUCACGGAUAUCAGCAAUAAUCUACACGAUUCCCCGUCUCUCCUUAUGGAUUUCCUGCUCACAUUCCACCACGGAGAGUCAGCGCCAUUCCGCAAUCAAGCUCUGAUUUCGGGCAUCACGCUCGCCGUGUGCUACUUCAUUGGGGGGUUUAUUCCUCUAGUUCCCUAUUUCUACGCUCCCAGUGUCAGUAUAGCUCUGAACUGGAGUAUUGGUGUCAUGGGGGUUACACUUUUUAUCUUUGGCUACGUCAAGACAUGUGUUGUGCGCGGCUGGAACGGCAAAGACAAUACUUUUGCCGGCCUCAAGGGCGGAUUUCAAAUGGUUUUGGCCGGUGGCCUGGCUGCUGGGGCGGCCAUUGCGCUGGUGCGCGGUAUCGAUCAAGGGAAUGACAAAUCGUAG